AUGGGUCCCAUCGCCGACAUUCUCCGAUUCUGCGAAGGCGGCCCGGAUCAGCGCCUCACGCCCGAUAGCAUCAUCUUCGCCGUGCUCCUCGUUCUCGCCUAUGCACACAUGGCCGUGCAUCCCAACCACCGUCUAUCGUCACCGCCACAAACGAGUCACGGCGUGAUAGGUCGUUCCCAGGUUGGUCAUGGAGGAGAAGAAGAAAAAGAAGAUCUCCACCAGCAUGAAGACCCCCCACUCCUCACUCCCUCCCCCCAGGAGAGAACAACGAGUGCGGCGGGGACGGCGACGACGACAACAACAACAAAGCAGGAAGCCUCCACGACCCCGCUAGGCCCACCGCCUUCGUACCUGCGCAGGAACCCGUACCACUGGCGGACACAUACGCCAUCUCCCCUAUCCAACAACAAAAACAGCAACACCAGCCCGGACAAGCAACCCGGAGAGGAGAAAUCUCAGGGUUCGAAAACGGCAGCCCCGGCGGUCGCCGUUGUUCCUAAGCCCACGAGCGCCACCACGCCGCUUAGACCGUGGAUCAAACGACUGGGGUAG